AUGCUCCGGAACGCAUGGCGUGCUGGCGGUGUUAUAGCCGUAGCCGGUGGCUCUUUUCUCCUUGGUGCUCGAUACGGGAACGAAAACCCUCUUCGAAGCGCUCAUGCUGCUACUGCAUUAUCUCCUGUUCCCACCCUGCCGCCACUGCAGUUAGAGCCAGCAGUACAGGCUAAACCGAGCUACGAGAUGGGUCCAUCUCGUGCCUCGGAAAUUAUGCGCUACGGUUUUCCAGGCUUCGACAAUCUGCGCACUUUUGAAGAUUUUGUGCUGUCGUAUGAUCGUAAAACGCGAACAGCGCAUUGGGUGUGCGAACACUUAACGCCGUCAAGGUUGAUCUAUGAUCCGUCGGUAGACCGUUCAAAAUGCGAAUUCCGUUCAGAUCCCAGCAUACACAAGUAUUUCCAGUCGGAGAACACAGACUACAGGGUGGGUUUU